AUGCGAAUUCUCGUAAAUCGUUCGCUGCUAAACGUGUCACGCCUACUAUCCGCUAGGACUGCAACAACACUACCAUCCCCAACUGCAGCACAAUGCGAACCAAAAUGGGACCUGUAUGCCGGUGUGCUUGUAGAGCGAUUACCUAUCGUUACGAAAACACUCGAACCGAUAGAGGCUAAAUUUAAGCAAAUGCUUGAUCAAAUCGAGCUAGAAAAAAGCCUAAAAUCCAAUCACGAACUGCGGAAGGAAACCGAAAAACAGCAGCUGGAACUACUAAAGGCAGGCAAGAUUGACCUGGAUUCAGAAGCGCUGAAACAAACCGCUCAGGAUCUGGAGGAUGCUUACAAUGAAGAAUUUGCCCGUUUCAAACCGGCUCCACGCGUAACGGAGGCAGAUGAAAAGAACGAUAUACGAUCGUUGGACCGAAAGCUAGAGGAAACGCUUGUUCUUUUAGUCGAACAAAAGCUAGGCGCGAAAAGUCACUAUCUUUUACCGCAAGGUCUUCAUAAGAAAGGAGAAUCAAUGAGACAAACGGCAGAACGCACGCUCAAGGAAUGUUGCGGUGAGAAUUUGCAAGUUACCUUCUACGGUAAUGCACCAAUUGGGUUCUACAAGUACAAAUACCCUGCCAAUGCAAGAACCGAAGCUACUGGAGCGAAAGUGUUUUUCUUCCGCAGUGUUCUAAAGGACACGAAUGCAAACAUUGCCAGCAACAGUAAGGUGAAAUAUCAGUGGCUCAGUCAAGAGGAGUUGAAAAAGCAACUUCAGCAAUCGUACUACCAAAGCGUUUCCCAGUUUCUGUUGUAAGG